GUACCAGCCACGCCAAAAAGGAGCAAACGAAGACUGGUACGGAUCGAGCGAGCUGUCCAAAUCAAUUUCACGCCCUUGAUGAUGCCCGAUGAUGCCAUCUGUCCGAGACACUAUUAGGGUUUUGCUUGCGAUUCUGUAUAAAAGAGCAAUGUUCCAUCAUUUUCACUCUUUUACUUUGAGCUUAGCUCUUUCUUAGUCUCUCUCUCAGUCGUCUCCGGGAUAAGUGAUUGAAGAUGUCUCGAGACUGCCAUCCAAAUUUCGUACGAGCAAUGAAUGCCCAAGAAGAGCAUGAUGCAUCUGAAAGGGCGGCUAUGGUAGCUGUUAAUCUGAUAAGCUCUGCUCGGCUUUUACUGGAGCUGGACAGUGAGUUCACUGAGUACCCAGCUCAGUUUUUGGUGGACAACGCUGGUCCCAAGAAGGAGGGAGAUGUGGAUCAGCAACGUGGCCCAGUGACUAUCCAAGACUGCAUUGACUACUUGGCGGAGAUCUCCCUUCCCAAGAAGGAAGGAGAAACGGAGCAACAACGCCCCGAGCUAACCGUCAAAGACUGUCUUGAGUGUGCUUUCAAAGAAGGGAUACCGAGAAGUGAACACUGGGGACAUUUGGGAUGUGUGUUCAAGGUUCCCCCAUUUGCUUCUCUCAUGCCUCGCGUUCCCAUGAAAGGAGAGGUGAUUGAGGUUAAGAAACUGGAAGAAGCAUGUGAGUUGAUGAAGCAUCAACCAGUAGGAGCAAAACUGCAUGUCUUCAGUCCGCAGAUUGAUCGUGUUGGAGAUGGAGUUUACGACGGCCCGCCAGCUGCUUCAACAAGCUAUGUCGGACUCAGAGACGUGAUGAUAUGCGGAGUGAAGAAGUUUGGAAAAGAUACUGUUGCUGAUGUGAAGAUUUGCUACAAGAAGAAGACUUCCUUUAUCAACGUGUCUCUGAGCCGUAUGUUUCUCGGUAUACCCAAAAAUGGCGACGACUCUCAGGUCAUCGAGCCUACGGGUCUUCUUGUUGACUUCAUUGUCCCACGCUUAUCUAAGUAGACAGGAACGUAGUUCUUGGUAAGUAUCUAGAGACUAAUAUGUUAGUUGUGGUCCUGUAAUAAGAACGUCUUAUUAGACUUAUUCUCUGAAGCUUAGUAUCAUGAAAACCAUAUGCUAGUUUGUUUGUAUCCCGAAAUUAAGGAUAUUCUAGGAGACUUUUUAA